AUGUUACUGGAGCACAAUAAUUGUUUAAUUAAAAAUAGACUAUUAGCAAUCAAUCAACAAGCUUCUCCAGCCAACGUAGAGGAACCAGAAACUGGAAAUUGCCAAUCUACAAAGAUGUCAACACCUUCAGCGACUGGAGCUAAAUACAAACCAUCGACAACGGAUGCCAAUAAAGUAACGAGGACAGCAUUGGAGGCAGCUAAUCUUUACCUGCAGCAGCAACAACAGCAAUUUCAGCGUCAACAACAGCUUCAGCAUCGUCAGCAGCAGCAACAGCACCAACAUUUGUUGAUGCAACAACAUAUGUUGCAACAAAAUAUUCUGUCAGCAGCGAACUCUACAUCCCCUCUGCAACAUUUGAAUAAUAUUUUUGGUUUGAAUUUCAAUCCAACACCAACGCAACCACAACAGCUUCCUCCAAACCAAUUACCUUCGAUAUCACCAGCCACUACAAUGCCCUUAGCCGCCACAUCGAUUUUCCAUAUUCAAAAUAAUUUACAACAUUUAUUGGCUGGCAUUACAGCCCCACAACAACAACAACAUCAGCAGCAACAACAACAAUUUAAUCAACUCUAUCAAGAAUUCUAUGGCAACAUGUUGCCCCAGCCCCAGCACUAUCACGAACAGCAAAUGUUGCGUGAUCUAAUCCAGGCAACAUCCACAGCUCAGACGGACGUACUUCCGGCUAAUAGUGUGAUUAAAUGUGAAACACCCAUAACGACAACAACAACCAAUACAUCUCAUGAAAUGCCGCCAACACUUUUGGCCACCAAAGUUGCCGCUGUGGCUGCUGCUGCCGCUGCCGGUGUGACACCACUGCUGGUGGAUAACAACAACCCGACUGGUGGCAAUACACCAAAGACCGGUGGUGAUAACGAUGCUCAUGGCGGUGAUAUUGGCGGCGUUGCUCUCAAUCAUAACGAUUGUUGUCGAAGUAAUAUGGCUUCAUUAGAGCAACAACAUAAUGAGUCGACGCACGCCAACCAAAAACAUCAACACCACCAUCAGCCGUCGCCGCCGCCCAGUCAACAAUUCCAGUCGUGGAUCGACGAGCCACCACCACCACCACAGCAACAGGGUAAUAACAAAUUGCCCAAAGCACAGUCGGCCACCUCACACCAUCAGACAGCAACAACAAGCGAACCGACAACCAGACCACCAACAACAGCAGCUACAGGUGGAGAACCACAACAACCAUCAACAUCAAGUCGGUCUUUGGCCACAAAUAACAGCACCAACAACAACAACAAGAAAACAUCAUCUGAUUUGUCGGAAGCUGACAUUAAAUGUGAGGUUGUUUCGGUUGCUGCGACCGCUAGGUCUGAUGAUAUCGGUGUUUGUAAUGCAUCAUCAAUGACAUUUCAGACACCUGCUAAUAACAUAACAACAGCAGCAACAGCAACAACACCAAGUACAAGUGGGGUUAAUACUACAGCUUCGAACAUCGUGAAAUUAG